AUGCCAUCGCUCUACCUGAAUCUCCAUAUAUCGCUGGACGAGGCCGGUAUAGUCCACACAGAAUGUUCCAACCUCAGUGCGAGAUAUCUCUCAAAUCGAUGUACCCAACGCCCAGUCACCCCAGUGGAAAACCUCCUGAACACGUUAGUAGGCUUCGAUAAGGGCACCCUCAAAGUCCUACAAGGAAUGAGAGUUUCGCCACUUCGCUCCAUCCCCAAGAAAGUUCAAGACCUCUGGACGGAAUCAACAACCACCUGGCCCCGCCUCUUCCCAGCCGAAAAGUGCUGGACGAAAACACCUCCCUCUUCCGUUGAUCUUGUCCUAGCAACACUAAACAAACUAGCUGAAAGCUCCAACGAAAACAAGACAUUUACAACCUAUCGACGCGGAGAACCCGACUCCAAAGCCGAUCCCCGAACCGCCAUAGCCCAGCUCUACGAACCAAGCACCUCAGCACCAGUCUCGCUAAUCGGCCUAAACAUCCCAGAACUACCAGACGAUUUGUUAAAAUGCCCCGAGGCGCUCAGCAAACACGUAGAACCCUACGACGAGAGCGGACACCAACUAUUCCUCACCCCGCGAUUCUCCCAAACUGAUUUACACAUAGAUUCCGCAGACGGUCUCUCAGUCCCACUUGGACAGUGCACUAAGCUGUGGCUCGCAUUUCCACCGACGCCCAAAAAUCUCGCGCAUAUGUACACGCAGCAAGGCCGGAAAGCUAAACUAUCUUGCAUCGGCUCUUCGCUCGAAGGCGGGCUUAUCUUUCAAACCACUGCAAAAGAAGCUGUAUACCUCCCCGUCGGUACCAUCCACGCUGUCCUCACUACCACAGGCGGCUUUCUCAACGCGCUGGACUUCACUACACCAGAGUCCUCCAAGACAUAUGCGCCGCUGUCCGCGGCGGGGAUUGACCGCGCGGAUGAGAGUUUUCGGAGGGAUUGCUUUAGACACUUCCUUAAAAGCGUGGAGCUGGGUUUGGAUAAUCAGCGGGAGAGCAUGGCAGUUAAAGCGUGGGUUGAUGCUGAUGAGCAGAUUAAAGAGUAUGGAGCUGGGGAUGGGGGGUGGAGACGGAGUGCGAUGGUGAUUUGGGAUGAUUAUCUAGAGAGGAGGAAAGUUCGGAGUAUAUCUUGCCCGUGUGGAAGGGGUUUAGGGGAACUAUUCCCUACGCAUUUUCGGGCGGAACAUCUCUGGAAGACGGGUGGGAAACGGUCGGGUAUAGGGAGAAGUAUGAAAGUAUCAGCUCCGAGGAAACAUACAGAGGCGUUGGAACCAAAAGUACCGCCGUUUGGAAUGGUGUUGAGAUCGAGAGCUGGGAAGGAGAAGAGGAGGUUGCAGGAGGAUGUUGUGGGAAUAGAUAGGCAGAGACCAGCGAAGAAAUCUAAGCGCUAA